AUGAAGGAUGAGUUUGAAAUGACCGACUUGGGCAAAUUGAGCUACCUUUUGGGUAUGAAGUUUGCUAAAACUGAAGAAGGUGUGUUGAUGCAUCAGAAGAAGUAUGCUAGAGAAAUCCUGAGAAGGUUCAAUAUGGCUGAUUGUAACCCUGCAUCCAUUCCAAUGGAGAUCAAUGCAAAGCUGGAAAUAGAAAUUGAAGAGAAGCUGGUUGAUUCGACCUUAUUCAAACAAGUUGUUGGUUCCCUAAGAUACUCGUGCAAUACAAGGCCUGACAUCUGCUAUAGUUUGGGAGUGGUAAGCAGAUUCAUGGAGAGACCCAAGCACUCUCAUUGGCUGGCAUUGAAGAGGAUCAUGAGAUAUAUCCAAGGCACAAUUGGGCAUGGCAUUAUGUUUGCAAUAGAUUUGAAACAUGAAAAUAAAGACGUAGUGGGAUAUUUAGAUUCAGAUUGGUGUGGAGACAAGAAUGACAGAAGGAGCACUUCAAGACAUGUGUUCAAGUUAAUGAAAUCACCAGUAGCAUGGAGCUCAAAUAAGUGGCAUGUGAUAUCACUAUCAUCAUGUGAAGUUGAGUACAUUGUUGGCAGCUAUGCAGCCUGCCAAGCAUUGAAGUUCUAA